CGUUGGAUUUAUGAUUGGUUUAUAAAAAAGGAAAACUAACCGUCCGUGGCGUGACCUACCCUCUUGGAGGGUCCUAUCCAUCACGGGCAUCCAUGAUUCAUAUCCAGACCGUUUAUAUGUUGAAAAUUCCAACGGGCAUUUUCCUGAAAUUUCAAUUUGUUGCCUGUGCAUAGACGAUCAAGAAGUAUACCACGGUUUUCGUCAAUCUACAGAAGAAUGAGGAGAAGGCCUGGAAUUUCUGGUUUGCAGACAGCAGCAGCUGCAAGGGAUCAAUAUCGAUUGCUUGGAGAAAAUGUGGCCAAGAUCAGAACAGAUUUGAUGAAAGAACAGCUCUCAACAUUCCGUUCUCAAUUGGAAGAAUUCGCGCGCAAGCACAAGAAUGACAUCCGUAAGAACCCUGCAUUCAGAUCACAAUUCCAUGAGAUGUGUGCUAAAGUUGGAGUGGAUCCCCUGGCUUCGAACAAGGGUUUUUGGGCGGAGUUGUUAGGGAUCGGUGACUUCUACUAUGAACUCGGGGUGCAGAUUGUUGACAUCUGCUUGGCUACUAGAUCGCACAAUGGAGGUCUAAUUGACUUGCAGGAACUCCGCAAUCUACUCUGCCAAAGGAGAAAGGCUGCCCGUGACUCAGUUUCUGAAGACGACUGCUUGCGCGCCAUAAGUAAACUGAAGGCAUUGGGUAGUGGCUUUGAGGUGAUAUCUGUCGGAAAGAAAAAGCUUGUCCGUUCUGUUCCAACUGAGUUGAACAAAGACCACAACGAAAUUUUGGAGCUGGCUCAGGCCCAUGGCUACGUGACUGUCGAAGAGGUUGAGAAGCAGCUUUCAUGGUCAUCCGGCCGUGCUAUCGAUGCCCUUGAAGCUCUACUCAAGGAAGGUCUUUCAAUGAUCGACGACGGUCACAAAGAUGGGAGACGCAGGUACUGGUUUCCUUGUGUGGCUUCUGCUUCCAUUGCUGCUGGAAGCUGAUAUGAUCCGAUCGUUGACAUUUAAUCAUCUGGUAAUAAUAACAAGUUUGAAUUUCCAAAUGUGGUCUAUAGACUAGAAUUGUUGAUGUGAUCAUGGCCACAGGCAAUCCAAGGUGGGCCAAUGUAUGCCCAUAUAUGUACAGUAGGAUAGGAGUUGCAUCAUACUCUGUGCAUCCUCUUCCAUUUGUCAGGGUUUGAUGCAAAAACAGAUUAUUCAUGUGAUAUGGCAUGGUUCUAAAACACCGCGAUUCGAUUUGGAACUUGGCCAAGUCAACUCAGUUUGAUGA